GCUUCUCUCUCCCUCUGCUCUUCUCUCUUUCCUUCAAUUCAACAGCCUCGGAUUCAUACGAAACCAUCGGACAAAACACUUCUCUAAUUAUUUCGAAUUAUACCGCUAAUGCCGUUAAUCGCACAACACGAUUCGUCACGACGAUUCGCGACGACCUAUCCGCGGCGCGCUACGCCGUGCAGCAAUGCACCAGGUGAUCACCGUUCGAGCAUUCCCGAGGUAGUUGUGUCGCGGCCCGUCGAAUACCAGGGUUGCUAUAAAUAAUUCGAUGUCCGCUCCGGUCGCGCUCACGGUGGAUAGCCGAAGCAGCAGAGAGUCGUCUAGGAGCCGCUGUAGCGGGCUGCUCUAGCAACCGCUCAGCCUCCUCCUCUCUCUCCCUCUCUCUCUGUCUCUCUUUCUCUCUCUCUCUCUUUCACUCUCUGUCUCUUUCUCUUUCUCUUCUUCCCUCUGUUCAUCCCUCUUCCACCCUCUUUCCUCCGAUCGAGGGGUGAAGAGCGUCCCGUGGACGACGUCCACGAGGACAUCGCUGUGUGUCGAAUACAGAAGGAACGACGAGAUCACGUCGUCGUCGUCGUCGUCGUCGUUGUCGUCGUCGUCGUCGUCGCGGCCGCUGCGUUCUCGACGUUGACGUCGACAGACGUACAGACAGGCAGGCAGAGGAAGAGGAGACUGGAGGUGGAUUAGCGCGGGACCUCCGUGGCUCCCACGAGGGUGGGGAUGGAGCCGGAGCAACGAGGACACGCUUCACGAGCGUCGUCGACGUCCAGCCUCGGACGCGAGGUCCGUUGCGGCUGUCAGUACUACCAGAGCGACUCGCUUCUACCGGAACGACGUGCUCUCCUCGUCAGACCGUCAUCCAGGACGAUGCAGCAGCCACCUGGGGUCCGCUGCAGUGAGCACGAAUACGAACCGAUCGCACCUCCGCCGCCGUCGCUGCCGCAUCCGGCGAUGGCGCCGGUCGUGCGGAUCAGCGACACGGACGUGAUGCCCGUCGCCGACAGCGACGACAGCAUCGACGACCGGGGUCGGCUGCCACCCGAGCUGAUCUUGGACGGCGACGUGGUGCUGCCGCUGGACGGCAAGAUAGAGGACAGCGCGAUGGAGGGUCGCGAACUCGGCGAGACCUGCGGCGACACCUCCGAAGAGCAGGAGCCGACGGCCCAGCAACUCCAAGACAGACUCGAGGAGCGGUUCCUCGACGCGCCCGCUCCUCACACCGAGUCCAGGACUGACGGCGAGGUCAACAGCAGUCAGGUAGACUCCUCGGCGAUGGAGGAGCUGCCACCUCGGCGAGGCGCGCGUGGGCUACCGCAAUGCCUGAGGACUCAGGCUGGCAAGCUGCGAUCUCGGCUCCGGGGGUUCCAGAGGCCAACCUUCACCUUCCCGCAACGGCAGAAGAAACCCGAAAAGACAGCGAGGUCGUCGGCCAGCGGUGGCGGCAAGUCCGACAAGUCUCGCACCGCAUCAGAGAAGAGGCCCAGCCGAAUGGACCGGAUAAGGACGUCCAUUUCCGAGAGAACAAAGUUCAGCUUACCGGAUCGGCCAAAAUUCAGCCUGCCCGACAGGUCCAAGUUCCACCUGCCGGAGAGACCAAAGUUCAACUUCCCGGACAAGUCUCGCUUCCGCCUGCCGGACAGAUCGAAAUUCACCAUCAAGAAACCCAGCAUCCGCCUAGCCGACGCGCUCGCGCGCGUCAAACGGCCGGCUUCUCUGCGCGAGCAACAGAAGCAACGCUCGACCGAGUCCACCGCCGGCUCCAAGCGCAACAUCUUCGACUUCGCCACGUACCCUCGCAUCUUCGACAAGAAGUCGAAGAAACGCGGCGAGUACGCGACAUCCUCGCCGAAAGACUCGAGAGCGCAGUCCGCGGAGAUCGCGACCUUCCCUCGCGCACGAAAGGGGAGGCACCUCGGCGCCAGAUGGACCCGAGCCUUCGGCAACUCGUCUUCCCAGGAUCGUGCAGAGGCGGCAGCGAGCGACGAGUCACCCCCGUGGCAUCAAACUUCGAUAGAGGAGCCUCGAGAGCCGAGGUUGUCCGCCAGAACGGAAGAGGAGAUCAUGGCGGCGGCUCGCGCGAUCCCGUGGGAGGAUACGAGAAAACGCGAGGAGCGACGUUACGACGAAGAGGAGAUACAGUACAUGGACUACGAGCAGGAGUCCUCGCAGGAGGUGUCGGAUCGUCAGCCGCCCCCGAGGAGGUCCCACAAGGCGUCGAGGAGGAAGGAAGAAUCUUACGAACACGAGGAGCCGGUGGAGGAGGAUCCGAGGCUGUACGGCGACGAAGAGGCGAGGCACGUUCAUCGAGACGAAGUUGAAGAAGAGGACCUGGCGGUGCAAGACGAUUGGCACGCGAACCAGCAGAUGAUGAUGCCCGAGGAGAAGUUCAGGCCGAUUCCAAGGUCGCGAUCGUUGGACGAGGACAUGCCGCGGGCUCUGGAUGAAGUGGGAUACGAAGGAGCGUUCAUGGCGGUGGACCCGAGGCGAUUUCGACCGCGCAAGAUCGCGUCCGAGGAGAAGGAAGAAGAGAAGCACGAGGAGGAAUUGGAAGAGGACUUGGAAGAACACGAGCCCUCCUCGAUGCAGUCGAAUCUGGAACAGCAACAGUCCAGCGGCAGCUCCUGCGACCGCAGACGCCGCGGGGUCAUCGAAGAGAUCGAUUCGGACGAAUUCUUCCUGCGAGCAAGCGGCAUCAGCCAGGACGACAUGAAUCUGGGUAGUUACCUGCCCGACGAGAUACGGGACGCUCUCAGGGCGGAGAUCGUCAGCGCCUUGCAGGACGAGGAGAUGCCACCUACUCCGCCUCAACGUCCCAUGAGAACGCGAUCGUUGAGGAAACGCGAAGAGAAAGAUUCCACGGAGACAGCGAAGGAAGUCGUGCCGCCGCGGCCGGCCAGGCCAAAGAGGGAACGCGGCCCCACCCGGGCUCGGCGCAGUCGAGAGGCGUCGAUCGUUGGCGAGGUCUUCCGCGAGCGCACCAGGAGUGAUUCCAGAAGUGACUCCAGACAUCGCGUGGUGUACCAGGCGGAAGGGGCGAUUCAGUCAGCGUUUGAAGAGCAGGAACCGCUGGACGAUAUAGUCGUGGUGAAGCCAGUGCGCAGAAAGUCCAGGUCGUCCUUGCGCAGUCACUCGCAGCCGCCGAUGGAGACGUCCAUAUUGUCGUCCUCGAUCCCCGCCAUCAUUGUGCCCACCAUGGAAUCGUCGUCGAGCCCUUUCCUGCCGAUACCACCGGCAGUACCGGUGCGCAGGAAGCGUUCGCACCGAGAGACGGUGCUCGACCGGAGAAACGGCGACGUCGUGCCGAUCUGCAACGGUCACCGCGAGUGGGGGAUGGAAAGCGCAGCGUCCAAGAAGCCGACGACACCAGCGAGACGGUCACGAUCACGACAGUCGUUGACGGAACAACAGCAACAACAGAUGAUCGCCGACGGCGAUGUAGUCGCGCUUGCGAGUCGAGAGGACGUCGACAAACUGAUCGGAGCAAGGAACGUCGCGGAACCGACACCGGUGCCUCCGAAGAGGAGAUCCCGCUCAAGAACAACGUCGGUCGCCGCCGACGAGGACAGAACGUCGCACGGUGCAGAGUCCUUACCGGAGGCGGGAUAUAUUGAGGAGGACAUACCACCAGACGAGACCAGUUCGGCGCGGGAUCUCUCCGGCUACGCGAUCGUGGAGAAGCGAGAGAGACCACCGAGACCGCCGCCACCCAGAAGGAAACGCGACAAGUUCGCCACCUCGCCGAGACCGAUCCCACCCAAGCGACCUCAGAGAGCGUACAGCACUCUAGGACCUGCUAGAUCGAGGACGGACACCAGCGACACGAUCACGUCGGAGACCAUCACCGCCUCUACCACACCGGUGCUCUUGUCAGCCGUCGACUCCACGCCAUACAUCGAAAUCGAUUCGGAUGACGUUGCGAUGGAACAUAGAGACGCUGCUCUUCGAGACGGUGGAGUGCUCGAUAAAAUCCAAGGCCGCCCGUUACCCGCUCCGCCGAGGCCACCCAGGUCGAGAAAGGAACACUUGAUCGUCGAACGACCCCGCACCCCGUUCGAAUUCGCGGUUGAGGAGACGACAGCGGCCACGCAGACUGAUCCGCUGCCUGACGACGUGGUGAUCGAAGAGGAAGUCACACAGGCGAAGCUCAUAGUGACGCCCUCCAGGUCGGGUUCGCAGGUGAUGGUGUCGAUGGAGCGCAUACCCAGUCCGUCCAGGACAGGCACGCCUCCGGUACCACCGUUGCCAUUAAUAUCGCAAAUCUUGAGGAAGGAACAGGAGGAGGAGCAGGAGAAACGAGAAGACGAAGUCGGCCGAAUGGCGUACGACACGGUGUCGUUGACGUCACCUUCGCCGACGAGGGAGACUGAACGGACGAGUAGACACAUGUCGGCGCCGCAUUUGGAGGAGCGCAGAGAAGAAGAAGAAGAAUUGCGCUCUCGAGCAAUCAGGUCGGCUCUGUUUUCCGACGAGCCGUUGAGGAUCAGCAGCCUCGAGGUGGGCGAUCUGAAGGUCGACCGAUUGAGCGUGUCGCAGAUCGAGGCGCACAAGAUCAUGGCGUCCGAGGUGGACGCGAUGGUGAUCGCAACGUCGGAAUUGAGAGGCGGCAGUGCUAUGGAGCAGAGCUUAUCGCCAGCCAUCAUCAGGGAGCUGAUAGCCAUCAGGAGUCACUUGGAAACCGUGGCGACUUCUCAGACGCAAGAGCGACACCACGAGAGCGAGAGAGAGAAAGCUGUGAGUCGCCAAGUAACCGACAUUCCCACGUCAGAAGACAGCAGUCAAGCGGCGGCAAGCAGAGAACGGCGGUUUUUGCAAGAGCGCUCGCAGGGAUUAGCGGAGGAGACGUCCGGCGACGAGACCGUCGAGCCAAUGCGCAAUGUCGAACUGCCAUCCGUGGAAGAUGCCGAGGAGAUGCCUGAGGCUGGCGAGGACCAAAAGGUUGUUAAAACUGACGUAUUAGAUAUCAAGGAUAAAGAAGUACCACACACUCCCUCACUUGCAAGUCCAGACUCCCUUCUCUCACAGACCCUUGCGAUAAAUCAGUUAAAGCCAACCGCUCAAGAUAAGUCAUUACGAAUUUUAGAUUCCGAACACCUCCUUACUUUGAGCUCGCGAACCACGUCGGGCUCCCACGUGGUGGACGAAUCGCGUGCCUCGUUCCCUCCGUCGUCGGACGUGCCUACGACCCGGUCCUCCGAAUUGAGAGUAUCGCCGGAACGCACGGCCGAACCUACAAGUAGCUCUGAUCAGACUACUACUACUACUACUUCUACUAGCACUACUACUACUACUACUACUACUACUCCUACUGCUACCGCUACUGCUACCGAGUCGACCGCAACAUCUAUGUGUCUUCAUCGCAGCGACAAGGACGAUGUGUCCGAUAGCAAAGAACUUCGUAAAUCGAGAUCUAGAUCCCCCUCGCCUGCCAGAGGUAUCAGGCAAACCGCGUCACCGGUCCGCUCAUUGCCGCCGGUCAUCUCCGUAACCCCCGAUACACCCGACUCGACACCGGGGCACGGUAUCUCUACGGACGCUCGACCGCAGCGUGCCGUUAUUUCCUAUUCUUCCGAUACGCAACACGGUGCCCCGAAGUACGCCGCUCAGCCGCAGCGUGCCGUCAUUUCCCAUUCUUCUGAUACGGGACGACCCCCACAGACUGGACAAAGGGAGUCCUCUCAAUCGCCAGUACCCUCGCUUCCCUUGAGCCCAACACAUUUCAUCGCUUUCCCAGCCUCCGAGAUUCCAGCCCAGUUCUUCUCUUUGAGUGACACACCGACGAGUCAACGCGACACCGAGGAGCCCGGUGUUAUAGACACUACGCAGCAACUUCUCCGUGCUCUCCGUACGGCUGGUUUAAAAGCCAUGAGGCAUUUCGUCAGAUAUCUGGCGUCCACGCUGAGCAGCGACGACACGGUAGAUAAGAUCAGAGAAGUGGAACUGGCGAUAUGCGCCUUGUUACUUUUCAUCGCAGGCUUGUUGAUAUAUUACUUCAGUAGCGCACGAACUGUAACGUAUUAUCAUCACUGGGAUUACUUUAAUCCUCCUCAGUAAACGAGGUUCACGCAAUCCAUACAUUUGCCUAUACAUACUGCGUAUAUAUAUAUAUACCAAUCCACGAAUAGUUCAUUGGUUUGUAGAAAUUAAAAAAUUUAAUAUUCUUGUAAAUUUAUUUUGUAUAACAAUCUCAUGCUGAAGAAAAUAAUCGAAAAAAAAAGAUACACACACACACAGACACACAUACACACAGUAGUGAGAAAUUGGAACGAAAUUGUAGCUCUUGUACAAAUAUCGAAAUAAAGCGAAAGACGAGUUUGUAAAAAAA